AUGGAUAGGAAGCAGGAAGAUAUGCAAUUUCUUGGCCUCUUUGGUAUCUUCCAAGAGGCGUACAAGAUCAUUUUCUCAUGGAGGAAGAAGUUGUUCACCCAGAUCACCCUCACCUUAAUCCUCCCUCUAUCUUUCAUCAACUUGGCUCACACAGAAAUAUCCAAGCUCCUCUUCCCAAACAUCAAUCACAACCAAAUAUCCUCUGAUGAAGCCACUCCUAAAUACAACCAGCUCUCAGACUUCUCCAUAACCUUUUGGCUCUUCGAGGCUGCAUACUUAACCUUCGCCCUCAUCUUCUCCCUCCUCUCCAUCGCCGCCGUGGUUUACACCAUUGCAUGUAGUUACACCGGCCGUGAAGUAACCUUCGAGAAGGUUAUGAGCGUCGUCCCCAAGAUCUGGAAGCGGCUUAUGCUCACCUGCCUCUCUACUUUCGCCGCCGUCUUCGCUUACACCAUAGUGGCAGUAAUUUUGACGUUGAUCUUCAUUGCAGUGGUAUAUUUCUUUGUGUCAACCAAUUUCGUUGUUCCCGUGCUUAUUGUUCUGGGGAUCUUGUUCGCUGCGGGGUUUGUUUACAUGGUCAUUGUUUUGCAAUUGGCGAACGUUGCGACUGUGUUGGAAGACGCACAUGGGUUUCAUGCGCUGUCGAAGAGCAAGGCACUGAUAAAGGGAAAGAUGGGGCUGUCAACGAUUAUAGUUUUGAUGUUCAACAUCUCUGGUUGGCUCAUACAAGUGGCAUUUCAGAAACACGUUGUUGACGGCGGUGAGUCACUGGGUUUGGUCAACAGGGUUGCCAUUGGGAUUAUAUGUUUGUUGUUGCUUUUAAAGUUGAAUCUCUUCGGGCUUGCGAUUCAGACGGUGCUCUAUCUCGUUUGCAAAUCCUACCACCAUGAAAAUAUCGACAAGUCGGCGCUUUCGGAUCACCUUGAAGCUUAUCCAGGAGGAUAUGUUCCUUUGAAGACCAAGGAUGUUCAGUUUGUGGAAUUUAAUGUUUGA